CUUCAAGAAGCCCUUUCCAAGGCCCUGGUGGAAAGCUACGGCGACUCAGUUCUUGGCUUGAAAAGGUACCUUCGUCACCGCCUGGGCGUGCCACGCUUUCGCCAGCAGCUCACCGCACAGGGCGAGUCGGAGCCUCUUCUCGACGAUCGGAAGCUCACAUCCUACCGGACGAG